AUGUGUUUGAGCCAAGUUGAAAAGACACUAUCCGGUCGCUUUACAUUAACGAAUUUGUUGAUGCCGGUGGAUAAACGGCAGGUCGCCGCACUGGCUGAGAAUUCCAAUGAUCUUGGUGUAAAUUGGAAGUCGGCGCAAUGUGUCACUUCACUUUACGACUCGUACAUUCAGGUGCAGCAGGAGAAUGAGAAGCUACGCGAAGAUGUGCGGCAAUUGCAACAAAAUGAGUUUGUGACAACGUCUCGCAAGCUACAACAGCCUGAACACACGAAAUACGAAGAAUUUGAGCAAGAAAUUCGCCUUUUACGUAGUGAGAAGCUGCGUAUGGAGGAGAUACAUCGACUGGAACAGCAGAAACUCGAGGCACGAGUUACCGACAGCGAGGCUCAGCAUCAGCAACUCGUAGUGAAGUACCAGGAGAGAUUUGAAUUCGAUCCACUUGAAACUAAGCGAGCGGCAUUGGCGGUCAAGACUUUACAAAAUACACUUCAAAACGUCAUACUAGAAAAGGAGGAACUAGAGGUUCGAUAUGGGGACCUGAGGGACCAAUACCGAAAGUUGCAUAAUGAACAAAUGAUUAUUGUAGAAAGAACAAAGCAACACGUUAAGGUGCAAGAGCAACAGCAAGUUAGAAGCAGACGAGAGCGAGUCAUCAAUGUGUUGACAGUAUGGUCAACGAAAAAGGUGUUAAUGGCAUGGUGUAAAUGGAGGACGCUGAUAAAAAAUAAAAAUGAUCAAGAGGAGCGAAAGUCAAUGAUGGAUGCGUUGGAUGUUAAGACUAGCGAUCGCAUUGCAAAGAUAAGAAACCACCAAGCAGGUUUUUGGGCGAAGAAAAUCUUGCAACAAGCAGCAAAACGCACUUUUUAUCGGUGGAAGAACUGGGCCCGUCGACAUGUAGAGCGGCGACGAAUAGGAGAAAGCUUGAUGAGAAACCUAUUUCGAUUGGAUUUGAAGCUUGUGAUGGCAAGCUGGCGAUCGCAUUACUUCAAAGGAAAAAAAUAUCGGGCUGGUGUAUACAUGAUAGAGCGACUAGUGACUUCAAACUCACGUCGGUGGGGAAUGCAAAUGUGGAGCGUUCAGUCUUUUCGUCUCGCAUUAACAGAUAAUGUUAAUCGACUGAAAGCCGCAAAUGAUAAACUGAAACUUCAGGAUAAAAAGAUUGUUGAGCUCAAAUCGCUGCUUGACGAGGCGAGCACUGCAAGACAAGAGAUGCAGAUUAUUCAAGACCAAGAAAAGAAACAAUGGAAGGAGAAAACCGAGAAGGAACGGAUCGUUGCGCUUGCUGUACAGGAACGACUCGGUAAUUUUCUUGUGAAACAGUCUGAUCGACAAACACUGAAGAAUAUCGUACGGGAAUGGAAGAUUAUCGCAAUUUGUCGAUCCUCAAUAAACCAGCGUGCCCAUUCAGUGCAAAUGAAAAUGCAAAGAAUGAGGCUUCAUAAAUCAGUGAGUACGUGGCUUUACAACGUGUGUGUAAGCCGCAAAAAGCAUUUGCAAACGCAAUAUAUUCAUCAACGUAUGCGUCAGGUGUGUGUUCUCAAAUGCUUCAAUUCAUGGAAAGCGUUUAAUAACGAGCAGAAGGUGAAAAAGGCUGCUUUUUUGUCUGUAAUAAGUCGGAUGAGAGACCGAGAAGCAGCGCAAUGCUUUUUGCAGUGGAUGACUUUCACGAAAAGACAAUUGGUACUUCGAGUUGGACUUGACACGAUAAUAUUUUGUGUGAAAAGGCAUCAAACACUUCUUGCUUUUAGCUUGUGGAAAGAGAUGAUUGUAAAGCUGAGAGUGUAUGAUCAAACACAACAGCAACAGCGUGACCAGGACGCUCGCCUUGAACUUGCGAAACGUGACUUUAUUUACCUACAACAAAUCUUCACUACAUGGCGACAAAGUGUGCUGUCUAGGCAAAAGCGUGAUAUCGUUGUUGGCAGGUGUUUGGCACGACUCAAACAUUCGAUGCUGGCGAACAUUUUCUUGCGCUGGGAGGAAUAUUUCAAGUGUAAAAAGAUGCGGCGUGGGCUUAUACAUCGGUGGAUUAAACAGAGCUACUCUGGCGCCUUACGACGUGCUUGGAGCCGAUGGCAAUGGCAUAUAGCUUUGAAAGAAAAACAAUUAUUGAUAAAUAAUCUUCUUGGUGAUAAAGAUGCUCAACUUUACCAACUUGAGACUAUUUUUGAGAGAGAUCGAGGAAUACAGCAAACGCUGCUACUAAAAGCACAACAAAUACAAGCAACACAGGAACAGAAGCUACAGGAAACAGUCAGUUGUUUGUCAGACAAGAGAAGACGAGCCCAACGCUUAAAAGCUGUUUUGAAAGCAUUGUGCACAAAAAGAGCUCAAAGUCUAGUACAGUUACGGGCACAUAAAGCUUGGCAUAAUGCUGUUCGACGAUCAAUGCAUUACCGUAAUAUUAUCGAGACUUUUCAGUCUCGUUUGGCUAACCGACAAAUAUGCUUAAUAUUUUCAAGGUGGAGCCAUGUAUUCAUCCAGCGGCAUUGUCUCAAGAAUGCAAUCACAUUGAUUCAGUCUUAUUAUUCGCGACGGUGGCAGAUUCAGUGCUUUGAGGCAUGGAACGAAACACGACGGCAGAGUAAAAUUAUUCAAAGGUUUACAAUAUUGUACCUGCACAAGGCUGAUUUAUUCGCCAUCCAAAAGACCUUCCAAGGAUGGAGGACAUUUACUAAAGAACGCAUUUUGCUGCGUAAAUUAGUAGUAAAAGUGUUUGUUGCGAAGGUGCAGCAACAAUUUGUGCGCUGGAAGCACUUUACGAGUUUUAAAAGAACAAACGAGCAACUUGAACAGCGAAAAGUGACCUUGAAUGCUUUUCAGGUGAAUUUACUGCGGAAACGCUCAAGAUCUAUGAUGCUGUUUUGCCUUGCAGAGUGGAAAUUGGCUGUGGAGAUGAUUAAGAAACAGCAUGAUGGAGAACAGAAGCUAAUGUUAUGCCGACACGUACGCCUUGUAGCAUUGUGUUUCAAGAACUGGAUAAUUGUCGUGGCGAUUCAGAGGAGAACCCAAGCUCGUAACACGCAAUUAGUACGCUGGCUAAGAAAAGAUCGUCAUCGAAUGCAGCAACGUGCGAUGACUCUGUGGAAACUGCUUCUGAUACGGGAUCAAGGGCGUCAAUUACGAGAAGUGAAUGAGAUACGAGCUAAGCAACAAAAAGAAAUGGAGCUCUAUCUCCAAAAAGGCGCCUUACCACCUUACAAGCUGGCUAGUGUUUCAGACGUCCACAACGUAUCAAUCACGAUAGCCAGAUGUUUUAAUGCGCUUAAGUUGGGAGCUAGCAUCAUGAGAUAUCAAAAUCGAACGGUUCAUUUCUUGCAAUAUCAUGCUCAUCGACAGCAUCUGGCAAAGGUUUUUUUGAAGUGGUGUAACGUUGUGCAAAAUAGCCAUGAGGUCAAGUCUUUCGUUUCUAGAAAGAUACAACAACAAAAUGACACUCUUGUCCGCAUAAGUUUGCGACAAUGGUAUUCGAUUGCGUACCAGAAACGCGUAAUCAAGAAUAAAUUGGUCAAAUUCCGGCAACGAGUUCACGCGCGCAUUCUUGAGAACGCUGCCAAGCAGUGGUAUCGAUUUUUUAAUACUAAAAAAUGCAUGUCACGUGCAGCAGAUCAUUUGAACACUGUAAUCUGUCGACUGAAUCUGAAACACACUUUAUCGUCGUGGCGGAAACAAUCGAUGAGACAAGAAGUACAACUUCUUCAUUUGUUUCGAAUUUGGAUAGCAUUUACGCAAAAUAAACACACAGCACGCGAUUUAGCUAAUCAACGACAUUUAAAGCAGUAUCGGUCCGUAGUCACUAAGUGCUGGAAUGGCUGGUGCUCUUUCAUGAAUACGUUAGAAGUCGAGCGGAAAUCAAUUGUAUGCAUCGAGGUUAAAAUCAUGCGCUUCUACUAUCGCAUCGUUUUGACAAGAUGGAGACGAUAUCAAUUUCUUGGCCAAAUUGAAACUCUGCAGACUGGCAAUGAGCUUUUAUCUCGACAAUUAGCCGAGACGAAUUUGCAUUUACGAAGCAAAUCAUUAAGUGUCGACCAACUUUCGAGUGAUGUACGCGAGCUUCAACAUAAAUUGCUUGAUGUCGAAUCAUAUUUAUUUUCUCAACGCGUAAGGUUCAAGUCCCAAGAAGAAAAGCACAGUCUACAGCUACGAUUCCUACUAGUGCUAAACAAGUUGAUGCUAAAUCGGACAAUUUCCAAAGACAUUACUGAAGCUUUCUUACAUUGGAAACGUUUGCUCGUCGAUGUGCAAAGCAAAAAUCGUGCUUUAAGCAGUGUCACAUGUAUAUGUCAGAGAAACAAGAAAAUUCUCGCAUUUUGGGUAUGGAAGUUCAAAAUACUACAGUGGCGGCGAUAUGAAUCAUUCCAGAAGUACUGGAGAACGAACGAACUGAUGAUGAGUUUUCAGCGCUGGCAAAGGUUUUGGAAAAUUAAGGCAAAGCAGCAGCUCUUUCUCGUUCGACGAUGUCUGAUGUCGUACACGAUAAGAAGUUCUCCUAUUUCGAUCGCAUUUAGAUUGUGGAGAGUAAAGUCUACGGCGCUAUCUCAUAUGGCAAUACUUUGCACCAAUCUUCAGAUUGAACAAGAUUUGUCGUGUACAUAUUUACGCCGCUUGACUCUUGGAAAGUUGUGUUGGAUGGCAUAUCACCACCGUUUAUGGCGGAUGAGAGCUUUCUUCUCUCAUUGUCGAAUUGAGUCAGCUGCAUCUCGUACUGAAGAGCACCGCCGCGUGGUUAAAGAAAUGAAACGGAAGAGUAAAGCAGCAGUGGCUGAGAUGUCUGAACAAAAUGAGGCCACCUUUCAAGCCGAAAUGGGUCUUUUGUCUCCAGCUGACGAGCAAGCAACCUCUGGGGCCUCAAUCCAAGUGCUUCAGACGCUUAUUCGUCGUCUCUUUCAAUCCACCACAGUACAAGAGCUCUUUGACAAUGUAGCGAGUACAUUCGCGCAAAUUUUACAUGGUGCUUCGGCAAUCCUCUUUCUUUUCGACCCAAGCAGCAAUGAACUUUGGACACAACGAGAGGGGACACAGCUCAUUCAGGUCCCAGCAUCUCUCGGUAUCGCAGGGAGCACCCAAUCGAGUGGAUCCAGUGUCAUCAUCAUGGAUGUUUCUGCGGAUCCGCGCUAUCAUCCCAUGGUCGAUCAAUUCGUAUUGAGCGGCUUGCCGCCAGAUAAUGUGUGGAAACUGACAACGUUUAAGCCACGUGUAGAGUCGUCAAAGCCACUGUAUGGUAUGGUAUCGUCAGCUCUUGUUUCAAUUGAUGGUGCAGUAUAUGGCGUACUCCAAGUAGCCUUCUCCUUGUCAAAUCUGUCUUUAGUUGAUCGCCGACUCAUGAUUACUCAAACGCAGCUUUGUAGCAAAAUUUGCUGUUUCUAUGUGGAGCAGGUUGUAUACGAAAUUAUCCGCAACUGUCGUGAUCGUGUUCAAGCUCGCGUUCCUGACAAAUUUAUCAGAUUAUUUAGGCAAACGAAAAACUGGCGGAAGUAUUUUGCAGUCGUUGAGCGUAAAGCUUUGGAGGUGGAAGGCAAACUUCGUGAAGUCCUGAAAGAACACGAACAGCUCCUUCAAUCGAGAUCGAAACUGCAACAAAGUUACGAUUUACUAAAAAAUCAACUUGAAGAAAAGGAAUAUACUACCAAAGAAGAGCGCCGCAAUCAAGACAUACAGAUGAUUGUAACCUCAUCAGUAUCGGAAGAGUCGGAUAACAACAUAGUUGGCAAGUCGCAAAAUCUAAGCGAUCACGGUCAGCUAAGUAUUUUACACGCGGAUAAAACAAGAUUGAAGAGCCAACUUGUGCGAGCAGAGGCAGAUAAUUUGCUACUUGUCAAGGCUCUAAGCAUUGCUCGCAAUCAACACGGAGAACUACCAAAAACCAUACAAACUGAAGUAAAUCGAGUGGCUACGCGUGUUGUAAAUCGUGUGACUGAUGCCUGA